CGUUGGCUCCUCCCCUCCCCGCUCAAAUCUCCCCCUCUUCAUGGCUGGUACGGCCCAGCCCGGCGCUGGGGGUGCGGUUCCACCGGCCUCCUCAGCUUCCCGGGCUGCCCGCGCUGGCAACCUGCCCUCCCUGAGCUUGAACUUCACCAUGAUGGAUGUCUCCGGAACGGAUCGCUUCGAGUCGAAGCUUCAUGCCUUCGGCUCGUCUCUGCUUGCCCGGUCGAUCCUCUCGCCGGCCGAUGGCGCGCCCAAUGGCGCCCGAGGAGGAGGUCGGCCAGCCGGCCGGGCUGGACCAACCAUUCCUGCCACCGACCAGCCAAUCAACCUCUCGGUCCUAGUGGACGGGUUCCUCUCGCUCUACGAAUCCUGCUCCAAUCCCCAGCUCAUGGGUGACAGCCAGAUUGCUCGCUUUGUGGACACCUUCCGCCCGGCGGUCGACGAGCUCCAUGAGCAGUUGGCCCCGCUCCGGCUGGAGUCAUACAUGUUCCUCGCGGUCAUUGGUCGCGGCUCCUGUGGCGAAGUCCUGCUGGUUCGAUCGCGCGUGGAUAACCGCCUUUAUGCUCUCAAGGUCCUGAGCAAAAAUGAACUCCUCCGGCGGCAUGGGCGUGCCAUGUUCUUCGAGGAGCGCCAAAUCCUCCAGACGUUGGGCUCCUCGCAUGCCGCCGCCACCGGGCACUUUGUCACUCGCUACCAUGCGGCCUUCCAGGAUGCGGCGCACCUUUUCCUGCUGAUGGACUACUACCCGGGUGGUGAUUUGGCCGCCCUGCAGCGACGCAUCCCGACCAAUCUCGAUGAGCAGGCAGUGCGCUUCUACAUUGCGCAGCUGGUUGUCGCCCUGGAGGCUCUGCAUGAGGCGGGCUUCAUCCAUCGCGACUUGCGCCCGGACAAUGUGCUCAUCGAUGCGGAUGGCCACGUCCGCCUGGCGGACUUUGGCGUGUCCAUCCCGGCCGCCAGCAAUGCCGGCUAUCGGCCGGCCGUCUUCCACCAGCGGGCCGGCUCAUCCAGCAGCAUGGUCGCACCGGUGCCCACCCCGGCCGCACCUCUGCCCUGCCGGUCCGACGUGCAAGUCGUCGGCUCCGGGGAGUAUCUCCCGCCCGAGGCCCUGGGGCUGCUGUUUUCUUCGCAGCCGGGCACCAGUCGGCCGGGCCCUGCCGCCGCGUCCACCGGCGCCGGUGCCACGUCCUCCGUUGUUGGCUAUGGUCAGGGGUCCGACUGGUGGUCGCUCGGUGUGUUGGCCUACGAAUUGCUCAUCGGCUGGACCCCCUUCUAUCCGGAUGAGGAUUUCAUCGACGACGAUACCCCGGCCGACCAGCCCCUGCUGAACACCUACCAGAAGCUGGAGCGCUUCACCGAGCAUGUGAUCUUCCCGAAGGAACGCCUCAUCAGCGCCGAAUGCCGGGACUUCAUUCGAAGCUUGCUGUCCACCUACGGCGAGCGUCUUGGUGUGGCCGGCGGCGCGGCCGCCGUUCGGGCACAUCCCUGGUUUGCUGGCAUCCCGUGGGACCAGCUUCGCACCAUGGCUCCGCCUUUCGUUCCGGAUGUCCUGGCUCCGGAUGACAUUUCCAACUUCGACCUCCAGGCUCUGGAGGAGUCCCGCUCGCAUAGCGUCGUGCAGCUGGCGGCCUUUAUGGCCGGUGCGACCGCCGGAUUGGGCCCCCUCUCGGAUCCCUCCUCCGCCUCUUCCUCCUCCCCCUCCCUGGGCGGCAGCAGCAGCGGCAGUAGCAGCGGCGCCGGGUCCCCCGGGUCCCCGGGGCUGCCCUCUCGGCGUCCCGGGACCGGGGCCUCCGGCAGCGGCCGGGCCACCCCCUCGCAUGCGGACAUCCUGUCGACCAUUCGCUCGCAAUUGGCCUUUGUCGGGUUCACACAUGCCGCGGCCAUGGACGGCUUCCUGCGAAGUGUCUUGCGCGCGGCCGAUGGCGGCCGGCCGACAUCCCCCCUGCGGGCCUUCCCUGCUGGCCUGCCGCCGCUGGGCUUGCGCCCUGGGGGGUCGGCCACGGCUACCACCCCCGGCGCGGUGGGCGCCGCUGCGGCCUUCUCACCCCAAGACCAGGCCGACUUGCGUCAAGAACGGGACCGCCUCGGGGCUCUUUGCCAAUCGCUGCAACAGGAGCUCACUCGCUUGCGAGAGCAGCUGACCCGAGCCAACCCGCCGGCCGGCGAUCUGUCCGGCCUUCUGGCCAUGGACCAGGCCAAUGGCUCCGAGCCGGGUGCCCUGCCGGUGGAGUUGCUCCAACAUUUGAAGCCCCUGGAAUUGGCAUUAAAUCAAGAACGUGCCCGAUCCGGGAGGCUGAAGGCCCUCCUGGAGCAGGAGGAAGCCGAGCAUGAUCGCCUAUUGGCCGACAUCGAGCAGAAGGUGGCGGAGUUCGGCCGCUUCCGCCGGCAGUAUGAUCAUUUGGUGGCCGAGCGCCGCCGUGGGACCGAGGAAUUGGAUCGCACGGUGGCCGAGCGAGACGCCGCGCGCAAUGAGCUGGAAGCCGUUCGGCAAAGUCGCCUGGCUUUGGAAGAUCGCGUGUCGGCCCUGGCCCGCUCGCUCCAUGAGAAGGAGGCGGCCCUGGAACGCCUGGCAGCCGAUGUGAGCCAGUCCUCGCAGCAGCUCGAAGGCCAUCGAGACCAGCUGCUGGGUGAUUUGCAAGCGGAACGCCGGCUGCUUGCGGAGGCCCGCUCGCAUGCGGCCGUCUUGUCGGCCCGCGUGGCGGCAUUGGAGGCCCGCGAAUCGGCCCGCGACUCGAGCCUCAGCGAAAGCCAACGUGCCAAGGAGCUGGAGGAUGCGCGGCGGCGCUUCGAGGUGAUCGCCAAUCGCCUGACUCUCGAACGAGACAAUGCCCUGCACGAGGCGGCCGCCGUGCGCCGGGAGUUGGCCGAUUCGCGGGAGCAAUUGUCGUCCUUGAAAUUGGCAUCCCGCGGUGAUCCGGCCAGCACGCCGGAUGACUCGGUAGCCCGGCUGGCGGAGCUUGAGCGCUUGGUGCAAGCGCGUGAUGCGCUCAUCGCCGACCUGCGGGCGGCUCUUCAGGAUUCGGAAAACUUUGCGGAUGAGGUGGAAUCCACCAUCGCCGUGGUCGGGGCCAUCACCAUUGAUGACCCGCGUGCGCGCUUGGAUCUGGAGCGCAGCCGCCAGCGGGACUUGCAGUUGGAGGUGGAGGAGGCCCAAUUGGCCCGGCUGGCGGCCGAGGCGCGUUUACACUCGCUGGACAGCGCGCGCCAGGCCCAGGAGCGCCAGUUUGAGCGUGACCGCGAGGCCCUGGAGGCCGCCAAUGAGGAGGCCCGUGCGGAGCUCAACCGACGCAUCCAUGCUGAGCAGCAGCGGGCAGCCGAGCUGGCCUCGCGCUUGGAGGCUGCCCUGUCAACGGCCUCCUCGUUGGAAGCCUCGCUGGAGACCCAGCGCGACCAAGCCAAGCUGCUCAGCGAAUCGGUGUCGCAGCUGUCGCAGGAUGUGUCAGCCGGUGAGACGGCUCUCCGGACCAGCCAGCGAACCAUCCAAGAUCUGGAGACGCGCAUUGCUGAGACCCUUGCCGAGGCCGAGGCCGAGCGCGAUCGCAUGGAGAAGGAACACCAGGCGGCAUUGGAGCAGGCUGCCCAGCAUUUGGCCCGGGCGCAGGCGGACGCGGCCAAGGCCCGGCAGGAUGCCGAAGACCUGCGCGAGGAGCGGGACCACCUUCGCCGACGGCUGGAGGAGCAGGAAAUGGCAAGUGCCCAUUUGUCGACUGCCACGGCCACGGCCGGCGGCCUGGCCGAGCCGCUGUCUCCACGGGGGAUCCUGUCGCCGGGGGCCGGGGGCACGCCACUGUCGCCUGUGGGCGGCCGGCCUGGCCGGCCGCUUGUACGUGCCACCGGUCCAGGCGGGCUGCCCUUGUCACCGGGCGGCGCAUCUGGCACUGGGUGUGCCGCCUGUGCCGGGCAGCCGCCCACCCAGCAGGCCCAGCAGGCCCAGCAGCAGCAGCAACGCCGUGAGCGGGAGCUGCGCGAGGAGCUGGACCGCACCUUGGACUCCAGCCGGGCCAUGGAGUCGGAGCUGUUCCGGUCCCGGGUGGAGGUGGAUGACUUGCGCACCGAGCGCGAUGACCUCCUGCGUAAGGUGGAAACCCUGCGCCAACAGCAGAAGGCGUCGGCCGCGGCCGCGGCCGCGGCAACUGCCAGCAUCGCCCCCUCCUCCGCUUCCUCCUCCACCUCUUCCUCCUCCUCCUCGCUGGCGGGUCCGGCUCAUGAGCCGACAACCCCGACGCGUGGCCGGCGCCCAGCCACCGGCGGCACGGCCUCACCGUCGUCGGAUGCGCCGACCCCGGCUUCGGUUCCUGCACAGGCCAUCGCCCAAGCCCCGGCCGCCGCGUCUUCGGCCGGCACCUCGGCCACAUCCGCCACCGAUGCCAAGGGGACUUUCUCCCCUCGCAGCCCGUCGGUUCGGCGGAUUGUUGUCCCGCGGCACCUGCUGUCGGAUAAUUUCGAGAUCCGCUCGCCGGCCGAUCGGGUCACUAGCCCGGCCUCUUCGAGCGGGGCCACCGCCUCGGCCGCUACCGCGGACGAUCUGGCCUCCCUGCAUCAGAAGGAGAUUGAUGAGAUCGCACGGCGGUCGCAGCUCCGGCGGAUGCGCAAUCGCAUGCACGAGAUUCAGGACGAAACCGCCAAGGACCCGGCGCCGGCUAAUCCGAUCGACGGAAGCGCCAGCCCCUCUAAAUUGGACGACUGAGGCACACCAACCGCGCGACACGCCCCGACAAGGGGGGGGACUUCUCUCGGCCGGGCUUCUCUCCAGCCUCGGCUGUUCAAGAGUAUCCCCCCAUCCUCCUGAGACCCAUGCACCCCCAUACACCCGAGCGUGGCCACUCCAGGGGUGGGGG